CCCGGGGACACAGGCUGGGCUGUGCGCCGCGCGCGUUCCCCGAGCGCCCCUACGCGGAUCCUAGACGCCUCCUCUGCGCGGUGGUGUCACCCGGGCGCGCGAAGGGCCAGGCUCCGACUGUCGCCGGGAUCCAGACAGCGUCAGCGACGCAGAGCCAGGCCGCCUCGGGGACUAGCAGACACCUCGGUUCCCUCCCAAGGCUGGUGGAACAUGUUCCCGGAGACUCAGUUUGUAUGACAGUUGCUAGACUAUGUUUCCACUUCUGAUCGUACUCAGCCAGCUGACCAGACUUACCCUCGCGUUUCCUCAUUGCACAAAAAGCCUAAAGGAUUCUGAACAUGCCGGGGAAGUCUUUACAACAAAAGAAGCAGCAAACGUCUUUAUGCACCGCCGCCUCCUGUACAAUAGGUUUGAUUUAGAACUCUUCACUCCCGGGGACAUGGAGAGAGAAUGCUAUGAGGAGUUUUGUAAUUAUGAAGAAGCCAGAGAGAUUAUCGGGGAUGACGAAAAAACGACCACGUUUUGGCGGGAUUAUUCGACUAAAGGACCGACCACACGAUCGGAUGUUAACAAAGAGAAAAUUGAUGUUAUGGGCCUUCUGACUGGAUUAAUUGCCGCUGGAGUAUUCUUGGUUAUAUUUGGCCUGUUUGGUUACUAUCUGUGUAUCACCAAGUGUAACAGGCAGCCGUAUCUGGGUUCUUCAGCUGUCUACACAAGAAGGACCAGACACACACCCUCCAUCAUUUUCAGAAGCCCGGAGGAGGCUGUCUUGCCUUCAUCGCCACCUCUAGAGGACGCAGGACCACCUUCCUAUGAACAGGCAGUAGCACUGACCAGAAAACACAGUGUCUCACCACCACCUCCAUAUCCUGGACCAGCAAAAGGGUUCCGGGUAUUUAAAAAGUCUAUGUCACUCCCGACUCAUUAAGCCCACCUUGCCACCUUGCUGUAAGACAUUCAUGUGGUUUGAGAUUUGUUCUCCCUGAAACAAAAAAGAUUUGCCCGUUCAGCUUUUUAUAACAAACUGCACGGAAUGAAGGAGCAAUACACACUGAACAGAAUUCAUCCCAGUUCUGCUUUCGGCUCGGACCCGGACUGGAUCUCUACCAUCUUGGUAAGAGACUUGAACUUCAUUUCCUCGAAGUUAAGAAGAAAGUGCCUUUGUGCAAUGUAUGUUGUGCUGGUUCAAAAGUCUGCUGUAGCUGGGUAAUGUGAUGAAUGCCUAUAAUCCCCACACCAGGAGGCUGACUUGCGAAGGAUGAGAGUUCAAGGCCAGCCUGGGCCCUGUCAAGACCCUGUCUCAAAACAAGACAAAGUUUGUUAAUAAUUAGAACGAGCAAACUAGGAACCAUCAAUCAUUAAUUUAAUGUCAAAUCAUGCUAUUGGCUCUUCUCUUUAUUAGGAUUUCUUUUUGGCUGAAAACACUACACAGAAUUUGACAUUUUGGUGUACAUCUGUGACCUUGAUAUAAUCACUUGCUUUUCUGAUUUAAUUGGUGCAGAGCGUCCACCAAAUUUGCAGGUCUUAGUUUUUCCCUUGCUAUCAAUCAUGCUUUCAUGUGGUAAGAGGUGCCAAGAGGGUUUUGUUGUUGUUCCUAGAAAUUACUACUCAUGGGUUUGGGAGACACCUCACUUGGAAAAGUGCUUGCCAUGCAAACGUAAGGAUCUGAGUUCAAUCCUCAGUACCCUGGUUUGAAACAAACAAAACCACAAAACAACAACAGAAACCAUGAGUACUUGAUACAUACCUACAAUCCCAGCAUUGGGUAGAAGGACAUAGGAGGCCCCCUGGCGUUGGUAGCUAGCCACUGUAGCUGAACCAGGAACCUCCAAGUUCAAUGAGAAACUGUCUCAAAAAUUAAGGUGGAGCCAGUGAGGUGGUGCAUUUACCUUUAAUC